UUGUCUUCGGAGUUAGGCAUUGACCCUCGCCAAGUCGCUGAUUGGUUCCAAAACCGAAGGGCUCGUUCGAAGACCAAGAAAUUGGAAGAAGAGUACUCUAGCUUGACCUAUGUUGUUCAUGACAAAGGCUGUCUUGAAUCAGAGGUACUUAAACUGAAGGAACAAUUGUCAGAUGUAGAGAAGAAGAUCCAACGGCUGACAGAGCGCGUGGACUGCGUGUCGAGUAACGGCCCUAGCUCUUCGCUGUUGAUGGAAGCGGCCAUGGACCCACCAUUUUUGGGGGAGUUUGGGGUAGUGGAAGAAUACGACGACGUUUUUUACGCGCCGGAUAACAGCUACUUUAAUAAUAGCAUGGAAUGGAUGAAUAUGUAUAUGUAUAUGUGA